GUGGUGGGUGGCGAGCCUUGGCUGGCGAAGGCUGCUCAGUGGCUGGUGGGUCGCCGCAGGAGAGGGAGCGGUCCAGAGGAGGCUCCGGAUGCGGAAGCCAUUGCAAGAAGGUGGAAAUAUCCCCCAGCGUGAGACGGCUUGAAGUUUCUCUCCGUUCGGAUGCAGGCAAGUGUGAACUGACCUUUGAGAAGAUCCGUAUGUUUCUCCCUUCGGCUGUGCAUCUCUGUCUGCAAAUGAGCAUCAGCAUUACAUAGCUGCUCUGGAAUCCUUUCCUUCCUCAAACUACAGAUCUUGACGCCGCACAGCAACACAUCCUAAGCUUCCUUGUUGUUGCUGAUAAAGAGCUCUGGAAAUCUGAUGUUACGAGGAAACUGAUCCUAUGGACAACACUUAAUUUCUCCAAUGUGAUUUGUGAGCAUUUGACACCCCCAAAAGACUGCUGGUCCAAUUGUAACACAGCAUUCCUGAUUUCAUUUUAUUUCUGAUGGGUAAUACCGGCACCAAGUAGCAUCUUGUCUUCUUUGCACCCUGUUCCCAUAUACAUUUAUCACCAAGAUGUCCACCACCAAAGUGCCAAUUUAUUUGAAAAGGGGAAGCCGGCGAGGGAAAAAGGAGAAGCUUCGUGACAUCCUUUCUUCGGAUAUGAUCAGCCCGCCGCUGGGAGAUUUCCGGCACACCAUCCAUAUUGGGAGCGGCGGGGAGAACGAUAUGUUUGGAGACAUUUCUUUCCUCCAAGGGAAGUUCCAUCUCCUGCCGCGGUCCGAGAGCAACCUGAGCCCGGAUGUGGACGGCCAUUACGUGGUACCCUUCGAGUUCUCCCGAACUGCUACCAUUUCGGGUUAUGAACCCCCAUCUUUGGACAUCCCAUCCCCUCUCCUGAAGAAUGCCAUCUCUCUCCCGGUCAUUGGUGGGCUUCAGGCCUUAACCUUGCCUUCUGCCCAAGCGCCACCGAAACCGCCUCGCCUCCAUCUUGACGACAAGAGUCCUUCUCUGCCCCAAAUGGUGGACCCUACCCAGAACCAAGCCAACGGCAGUAGGACUCUGGAUCUCCAAGGUGCCACCAACGGCAAGUGCGUGGCUUCUCUGAAUGGCUUCACGGAGGAGGAGGACAAAGAUGAGGCCGUCAUCUUGUCCCACGCAGGCUCACUGCUCUCCCUCCAUGUGGACUUGGGUCCGUCAAUUUUGGAUGAUGUUCUCCAGGUGAUGGACAAGCAUCAAACCAGGGAGGCAGCUGCUCCGUUGCGCGAUUCCAGCAGGCAAGAAAUCCUGACGUGAGGAAGAGGACAGUCAACGAACGGGACUCGGGACGUUAACAAACACAAGUGUUUUGUAAAUAACAGAGUUUGCUGCUGUGAACUUGGACCACCUUGACUGGUUUGUGUGAACAUGUGUGACACCUUUGGGUGCAGCUUCACUAAUUCCUCCCCACCGACACUUUUGCAAAGAGCUAGCUUGCCAUGUACAGCUACCUCUCCCUCGAACAUGUGCCAAGGAAAGUUGACUUUUAAGUGGGUCCCUACCCAACACGCUCCCUACAAGGUGUCCCCUAACCUAUCUUCCCCAUUGCUACUGUGUACCUGUUUUAGAAACAAAGCAAUAAAUUCACAAGCACUGGUGAGCUA